AUGAAUAACACUCCAAAUCAUGUCAACAAACUAACCUUUUUACUAGAACGAAUAUAUCUCGUCGUCGAUACGAUCAGGAGUGUUUCAAGAAAAUCUUACAAAAGAAUCCACCAUUUUACUUUCCGAUGCUGCAACAAGAAGCGGACAAAAGCUGAAUUGGAAGGGAUAAGAUUGGUACUGAAAGAGAGCAAACACGUUUUAGAGAAAGUUGAGAAACAAGAGAAGAACGUUGAUGAAUUAACAGAGAGAUCCAAAGAAGUGUAUCAGAAAGAGUUCAAGAUAGCUGAGCUGAAGCCAAUGGCGUGUUCUUUGGAGAGAGAUGUGUGGUUAAAAUGUUACAAGGAGUUCAAGGAGCACAUCAGUGACAUUCUAAUGUAG